AAUAUUUUUUAAUUAAAAACAUCUCUCGUCUUCACUCUAUUUUUGUAGUUGUUGAUAUAGUUGCAUGACGAUGUCGAGGGGGUGUGUUGUCGAAACGUAAAGAAACGAAAAGUACAGAAACCAUGUCAUUGUUUGCAGUUGAGGCAGUACUUCGGAAACUGAGGAAUGUGUCACAAGAUGACAUCAGUAACAUCUGUAACAGCAUUGAAGACCUUAUGCUCGUACCUGAAAGGUCAAACGAAUGUACUAUGAUGCUAAGGCAGUUAUUUGUAAUGCUGCAGGCAUCUGAGUCGAAAUUAUGCUUGCCCAGAGAUUCAGAGGCUGACAAAACAGGAGGGAGGCAGUGCACCUUAUGUGGCCUCAUCCUUAAGGAAAUGCUUAUAGGAGGCGGCGAGGAGACUGCACUGAACUCUGACAUACCAAGUGCAAAAAACCCUCCACAUAGCUCUCUUCUCUCUCUAUACACUUUGCAGGGUUCCAAAUGUGUGUGUCUUCAUGAAGUCCUGCCUGUAACUGUAAGGUGGUUGUCCAAGAAGGAUUUUGAUAUCCAGAUGAAAGCAUUUUCCUUCAUUGUGGCUGUUUCAUCAUUACAUGGAAUUAUCAGUCAAGAUAUAGUAAGUGAGACAUCAGAACAGCUGUGCAACUGGCUCAUGAAUGCCAGUGUGUUUCAGUCUCCAAAUCCUUAUACCCUUAAUCCUUUUCGCAAAGAUGCAUCCAGCCAGGUUACAGAAAUAGAUGGCACACCAUGCAGGAAUGUGUUUACUAUCCUCAAUGUAGGUCAGUACUACACUGAUGAUCAGUUCAUGAACAUCUACAGUUUCUCCUUGCUUUAUAAGUGGCUCUAUCACUGCACACACUCAAGUCUUAAAAGUGAUGACAAGUCUGCCCUAGGUGAAGAUGCCACAACCAGAAGAUUGCAAGGGGUGUCUCGAGUGUUACAGUCACUGGUGUCUCGCUCUGUAGAUUACUGCUUCAGGGUUAUGGAUCAGUGUGAGAGAAAGGCAAAAGUAUCUUCAGAUGGGGAACUACAGUUAGCGUGUCUAAUGGAGGUUGUUGUAAUCCUGGACCUUGUAUGCAAGCUUGAUGCGGGACACUUGCCACGAGUUCAUCAGGAAAUGCGACGUCUUUAUACGCGCUUGAUGUCUGAUCUGGUUAACAUUCCUACAGUACUAAGGAUUCUUCAGUUUUUCAUUAAUCACAGUGCUUCUGUGGUACACGACCCACAAGAAAUUUACAACCACUUUUUUAAUUCAUUACUGCCUGAUCAUUUUGGGAACCCUGGUCUGGCAUUUGACACAGUUGUUUUCCUUGUAAACAAUUUAGCGACAAUCUGCUACAACACCAACAUCUUCAGUCGCUUUUUCCCCUCCAUCCUAAAGGUCCUAGCCUGGCACCCACAGACAUUUUUGAAGGAGUUUGUGAGUCUUCUGCCUGCCAUGAUGUAUCCAGUCACAGCUUUGGAGGUGUUCCACACACUCUUGGAUUUGCCAUGUGUGACAGCUGCUUUAGAGGUAAUGGAGAAAGCAAAGAAAUCAGAGGCACCCAUCACCCAGGGAGCCAAUGUUGAACCUGUAAGUUCCAUCGAGGCCUUUCAUACGCCUGCACGAUACAGACCUUUGUUCAGUUUCAUCACCCGCAAUGAGAGUGGCCAGGGGGACACCAUCAACAAGUUGUCUAGUCUUCACAAAGUGCUGGAAGAUAUGCGGAGUAGUGCUAGAGUUGUUUACUGCUCCCAGACUAUUCCCCUGCUUCUCAAGGUAUGGUUUGAUGUGGUGCUGGAAGAUGCUGAGGAAGACUUUGCUGGUCAGUUGUUGCCUGUAAUGUUGGAAAGAUCAGGGUUGCUGUUUGACCUUCCUGACUUCAAGGCUGAUGUUAUAAUGCUCUUAGGUGAGAAGUUGCUGUUGCUGUUGAAAAAGUUCCCAGCAGUCUUGAUGAACCAGGCCACAGAUAUCAUGGAAUUUAUCUACAUUACUAGCAACAUAUAUGGACGUCAGGACUUCUAUGGCAACCUGGUUUAUGCUGUUGGUGAAUACUCCUCUCCAAUGCAUGCUCCAAACUGUAGUCCAGAGCUGGUGGCUCAAUACUUUGAUGCUCUUGAGGUGGUAACCUAUGAGAUAAUUGGCAAAGUGCUAUUAGAAGAAGAAGGAGUCAGCCCCAAGAUUCUUUGCCAUCUCAUGUCUGCUAUGGCCAAGCUGUCCACUAGGUGCCAGGACCUGAUCCCACGGGCCAUCCUUUGUUUGACCAAGGUGGCCAAGCAGCACUACACACUCACACAAGAUUCUCUGGCACAGGAAGCGCUGGUGUCAUGUGCACAGGAGCAUAUCAAUCUUCUUCAAAACCCAAAUUUUGCAGUUGCUAUUCUAAGUCCAUCACCAGAAAUUUACACUGGAAGAUGGCAUCGAGAUAAAUUUUCUCUGCCUAUGAUAGUGCGUGGAAUGCACAGAAUUAUGGUCAUGUCCUCUUCUCAGAGAGGAUAGUAGCUGGAGACAUUUGGUAAUGGUGCUGAAGGAAGAAAAUAGUCAAAAGACACUGUGUGUGUGUGAGAGAAAUGAGGACAGGGCAGUCUUUUCCAAACUGGUCAGUUACAUUGUAAUGUAAAUAGUGAUUACUAUGAAUGAAUGUUAUAGAGUGGAAUGUAGUCUUGUGGACUGAAAGGUUUGGUGAGACAAUAAAGAUCUUUGUUACA